UAAUUUCACCGGUGUCGGCAUCUUCUGAGCUUUUCAUGAUGACGUGACUCUAGCUAGGACAGACGACCAAGCGAUGGGUGAUAUAACUGAAGGUGAAAAGGAAGGUAUCACAACGGAAAUUGGACAUGAUGGAGAGAAAGACAAACCAAACGGAAACGAAGAAGAUAAAAUGGAUGAUGAGAACGGUAUGAAGGAGGGAAAUCAAAGCGAAGACGAAAAUGUUGAUGAUUCAAACGAGAAUAGGAAUAGUCGAGAGAUGGAAGCAAAUCAGGAUUUAACGAGUGAAAAUGAUGAGAUGGUAAAAGAGAGCAAUGAACAGGAAGAUUGUUUCGAUGUUAAAGAAAAACCAGAGCUAGGGGAGAGUGGUCAAGAAUCUGAAGAGUUUGUAGAAGAGCAAAAUGAUCAGGGAAUUGAGGAUAAUUCAAUAGACGUUGUUAGUGAAUAUAACAAGGAAGUUCAUGCUGUGGAAGAAAACGAAGAAGGGAAUCUUGACGGAACCACUUGUCAAAUUGAAGGAGAUCAAGAUGCAGGAAUUAUUGAUGGUGAUGACGAUGAUGUCGGAGAUAGCGUCAGUGUUAAUGGAUCUCCAAGGGAAGAUGGAAGGUAUAAGAAUGAUGACGCUCAUACUACCGACCUCACUGCUCCCGAUAAGGAAGACGAUAAGGAGAUCGAAUCGAACGGGGAGACUCGGAGAUCGAGCAUGAAGUCGGCCAAAAGCGUCAAGAAAUCUAAAACAGUGCGGGUGAAAUCAUCUAAAACAGUAUCCAGCAUAGAAGUCGAUAUGACGCGCAUCAUUCGAAACGAAGACGACAAUGAUUUCGACGUUGAUGAGGAUGACGAUGCGGUGACGCGUGUGACAUGUGGUAAGAGUGUGGACUUCUCGAUACCGGUGGAUGAGGUCGAUGAGGAGCUUCAGAGAGUGAUCGAAAGACCAGGAUCGGGAAGGACUUCAAUGAUGGAUAAUGAAGAUAUGAUUGGUUUAGGUAGAGCAGCUACCAUGAAUACACCUGUUACCAACGAUGACAAGGAAAGUUUCGUCUACCAGCGUAGUAUUCGAACCCCGUCUCGUGAUGGUAUGUAUCAACAUGCAGUCAAUCUUAUUCGUAACCGAUGUCGAAGUCAAAGCUAUAGUACCCGAUCUCAACCCCAGGCUCGACGAAGACGAGAAACACGACCACCACCAAGGAGUGCGGCCAGUCUACCAGAAACUAUUCCCACCACUCUCAUUGGAGGGGUUCCGAUGUUCAACCUCCCAAAUGUAGUGCAACACAUCACCAAGACUCCAUUUAACGAUCAACCUAAUUCUUAUUUCUAUAUUUCUCAAUGUAAACCUUUACCGAUGAAACCCAUGAAGGUUUGGAAAGGUUACUGUGGCAACGUAUACUUUGAACCAAUGGUGUGUCGAAGAGCCCCGUUAUCUGCUCCGACCACGGAUCCUCAUCCCAACCAAAGAACAUCCUCAUCACAUCUUCCAGUCAUUCCAAAAUCAGCAGAAAUGACAACAAAUAAUGACACUGAAAAUACUGGGCGAUUACACUCGCACUCUGCUACGACGUCCCGAUCACAGGCACAGAGUGGUCGCCGAACGGCAGCGAGUGGGACGAAGAGUGCGAUGUCGACACGCAGCACCGGACGCCAGCUUGCCAUUUUGGACAAAACCACGGUCUUGAGUCGUAUGGAUUAUAAUGCUGCUGAAGAUAUAAAGUGGAUUAGUGGUAUCGAGUCGACAGGAACUCUUCAGAUCGGACCAUCGGGUGAUAAAUUGACUGGACGAGCUUAUAAAGUGUACAGAAAUGGCGAAAAGCACCCCAAGUUGAGGAUUCGGCGCGGACUCGUCAGCCAUAAUUUGGCGGCAAACAAUAAGAACUCUCCAAAGUUUGGCGUGAGCGGAGGUCGCAUAAACGAAGACUUAACGACGAACCGUAAUGCUAACCCUACAAACAGGACUCAAAACAGAAGUUUGCAUCAAGAAAACCAUGUCAGUCAUUCAUACCCGACAGAUAACUAUCACUGUGUGGAUUCAAUGACUGCUCUGCAACAAAUUAUGAAACGAAAUGAUGGACACGGUCGAUCCAAAUUGGUGCAUAUCUUACCGUCUGCAUACGGUGAUGGGGCUAUCAGAGCGAAAGGAAAAUAACAAUGUUCUAUUACUGCACAGGAAAACUAUCAUCUAUACAAUUCAUAAUCUACCUAUAAAGUUUUCAACGUGGUUUAUCUCCUAUAUGUCCUAAAUAACUUGAACAUGAAAAAAUUGAAGAAGGAAAUAUAAAAAGACGGAUAUAAUAAUCAAUUCAAUUUCAAGUCAAAUUUCUGAUGACCAUUAAUUAGUACCCUCCGUUGUAACGUAUGUAACUCAUUAUUGUGAUCACAAUAAUAGGGAUGUUGAGGAGUAUCAUCAAGAAGAAAAAUAAGUUUUUAUUAUAUAAUUAUAUAAUCUCCAGUAAGCUAUUCAUGAAACCUUAUCGAAAUAGUUGUCAUCUAAGUGAUAAUGGUGUUAUUGAGUUUUGAUGAAUAUGGUCCCAGAUGUAUGGAAAUGACAAAUGUUUUGUUGUUUAUUUAAAAUAACUAUGAAACAAUGCUUAAUUAGAGUUUGUAAUAAUACCUUCUUUGGUUAUAGAAUACGUGCAGGAUAUGAAAAUUGACUGAUUUCGUCUUCCCGUUAUGUCAGCAGCUGUAUAUUAAGCUUCCAAAUACUUAUAUCAAAUGCUGUCGUUAUCGUGCAAAUAUUAUAUCCGCAAAUCGCUGCUUUCGAGAAAUCAUGACAUAUUUACAUUAUGAAAGAUAUAUAUCGCGAUAUUUUUGCCCUGGAAGUGGUCAGAAUUUUACUCUGAUCUCCGUCUCAUAUUUUAGGGUGAAUAAGAAAUUGAUAAUACAGAUGAUAUUGCUACGAAUGUAUUAAUCUAUUAUUCAUUUCUGAAGAAUGUAAUUGCUAUGUUAACUCGCCAUUAUGCAACAUACUGUAUUUAACUUAAAUUGAAGAUCUUAAUCAUUAAGAGUCAGGGGCAAUCUUAUCAGCGUCCCUGAUUUUAAAUUGUCACCCUAAGCUAUAUUUAUAUCGAUUGAUGACCAUACCCAAACAAUAACAGCAAUCAAGAUUGCUUGGACAUCCUAAAAUUAAAAUCAAUACCACGAGGUCGUUUCAUAAUCAAAAUGGAAUUAGGUGGUGCGGAAUACCUAAACGAAGGCGAAAACACCGCUCAAAUUGUGAUGUCCAGAACUGCAUUGGGAAAUUUUCUCACUAGAUGACAGACUUUUUGCAGCUUUACUGAAAUGUUGAUUUGUGAUUUUUUUCGUAAUUUUUGCCACUUACAAUGUUUUAUAUUAUGUGAAUUUUAAAUUGGACACAUUGUGUUCUAGUGCAAUAUUGUAUGUUUUGUUAAUUCUGAUAGCUUCUAUGUGACGUAGAUUGAACAGAGCUGCAAAAUUGAAAUGUAAUGAAUGACAAAUACAUUGGAUUAGAGCUGAAGACUCCGUUUCAUAAAGAGUUUUACUUGUAAAUUUUGCAUUAUUACAACUUUUAUGUGAGAUAAACGUUGAUUGAGAUUGGCUGCUGAGCUCUGCUACCAUGGUAUUUGUUAUCAUGGCAAAGUGACAAUAGUUGUAACU